AUGACUGUUAAUGCGUCGCCCACCGGGAUUGUUUUUUACUGCAACUUUAUCGAUUUCAUUUUUCACCAUCUAUCUAUCUAUCUAUCUAUCUAUCUAUCUAUCUAUCUAUCUAUCUAUCUAUCUAUAUAUAUAUAUAUAUAUAUAUAUCGAAUUUAUUGCCACCCUUUCUUUCUCUUUCUCUCUAUUUUUCUCGGUGUCUGUCUCUCUAUCUGUCUGUCUGUCUGUCUCUCUCUCUCUCUCUCUCUCUCUCUCUCUCUCUCUCUCUCUACAUAUUCCUCAUUAAUACGGACACAAACCGCACAGCGCGAGGCCACUUUCCCAACUGAGACAGGAAGUCCUAUCUAUCUAGCGUGGGCAUCGCUUGCCACGACGGUAUACUCGAAUACGAGUGGUCAUCUAUCUAUCUAUCUAUCUAUCUAUCUAUCUAUUUUUUCCUUCUCUCUCUCUCUCUCUCUAUUUUCAUUUUCUGUUUGGUACAAUCAAUAUCUCUCUCUCUCUCUCUCUCUCUCUCUCUCUCUCUCUAUCUAUCUAUCUAUCUAUCUAUCUCUCUCUCUCUCAUAUAUAUAUAUCUCUUCUGCCUAUCUGGCCUACAGCUCUUCUGCCUAUCUGGCCUGCAAUUCUUCGGCCUGUCUGGCCUGCAAUUCUGCUCCAACUUCUCUGCGGCUUUCGAGCAAUUUUCUUCUCUUCGACUUGGCUGCAACUUCUCUGCCUGUCCGGGCCAAACGGACCGGCCCUUCUUACCCACAAAGGGGCGAAUGA